GAGGUGCACGUCAGGGUACGCCCGUUACACACACUCACAGCCUAUGACGUAGCUCUGGCGGGGAUGUCGACGCAGAAGUAUAAAUUGGGCUUAAAUGUCUCUAUAUCACGUGGUGUGUUUGUCGUGCAAUUUAUACGCGCAUAGGAUACGCAUGGGUUAGUUAGGGUAGGUAAAGUAGGCCUAGUGGUGUGGGAUGCGUGUGUAUAAACGUUUGGGUAGGAGUAGUGGUGUGGGUUGCGUGUGCAGGCCUAUUACACGCAAAGAAACUGCGUAUCAUAUGCACGUAAAAACAAAUUUUGCGUAUAAAUUUCACGAUAAAACACAAUGCGUCCAAUAGAGACGCGUUUACUUGAGAACAGGCUGAGAUGCCAGCUGACAUGAUUGAGCAGACCUCACCUGGCUAUAACAAACACAGGGACCACACCUUAUAGGCUACGUGAGCAAAAGAUCUGAUUGUACACAGAUAAAGAACAUGUUGCUGCUGAAUAAGGUUCCUGUAUGGCUCUCUGCAUUUACUCUGCUUUUGCUGACUCAGGACCCCGUCUCCACAUCAGAGGUCGUGGCCUGUAGAGAGGCGGUGGAUCCACCUGCCAAUAUCGACAUAACAGACCCUGGCUUCCUGGGUUACCUCAGUAUUCACUGGACUCGGCCAGCCAGCCUUCAGAACCUUACAGAUUGCACUGUACGAUAUCAACUCCGAUACUAUGACACCUACGAGGAACGAUGGAGGAGUGUACGAACAGUCAAGCUGACUUAUGCUGCCCAGUUUGACCUUGAGAAACCAGUCAUGGUGAGAAUGCUCACUGUGUUAAAGUGUGCCUGCACCAAUGGGACAGAGGUCCAAGGGGAGGAGACGGAGAGGGUGUUCACACCUGAACUUACAGGUGUGGCAGGGUCAAAAAUAAGAGACUUCCAUUGCGUCUACUAUGGGAAAGAGUACAUGGAAUGCACCUGGGAUUCAGGACCUGUCCAGCCUCCAAAUUCACAGCACUACCUCUAUUACUGGCACAGGGAAAUGGAUGAAACACAGGAAUGUCCAGAAUACAUCAUAUUAUCUGAGGUUCGGAGAGGAUGCAGGAUACCUCGAGAAUCACUCUUAGAGUUCUCCAAGUUUAAUAUGUGUGUAAAUGGAUCCUCUCCUGCAGGAAGUCUGAGAACAGCCUACUUCUCUAUUGAGGUCCAAAACCAUGUAAAACCAGCUGUGGUAUCCUCUGUGCACAUCUCAGAGAUUGAUGGACUGUUGAAGUUAAAUUGGUCGCCUCCUAGUGGUCUGGUGCCAGAACACUGCUUAGAAUAUGAGAUCGAGAGAAGCACACUAAUGGCAAAUGACAAAGAACAGCAGCAAAGGAAGGUUCUAGAAAAUUUAGAUCUGGACCUAUCUUAUGACACCCGGAGAGAAGCAGAAAGUAAGAAAACUUGUUUUCAAGUCAGGUCAAAGGUGAACAUGUACUGCGCUGAUGGAGGAUUCUGGAGUGACUGGAGCCAAAAACAGUGUACAGUGCCACUAUCAGAAGAGAAGAAAAGUCAGUACAUAAAUGGAACAUGGAAUAAUCUCAGUCUGGUUGGCCUAGUUGUUAUUGCCAUUGCUGGAGUCAUCAUCCUCUGUCUUUCAUUAUGGAUAUUAAAGAAGAUCUGCAUAAAAAAGACCAGCAAGAAGGACGGCCUAUACACUUUGUGCAAGCAGAAGGUCAACGAGACCAUGCCCACAAUCCUCAGCCCCAUUUUCAAGUGAUGCUCCCUAUGACCUGCUAUACUGCAUUACCAUUCAGGAGUUCUAGACUGCACUAAAAUCUUUUCAAGAAAAACUAAAGUGGUUUUAAAGUGACCGCUAUUAGGACCAAUAAUCUUGUGGAACAGACAUGUGGACCUGAAUGAACCACAGCACUGACCUGAAUGUAUAUGUACCACUUUGUAUACUAGUGUUUACUCAAAGUUACUCAUAGAUUUUUCAAAUGCCAAUGAUCUUGCCAGUUUUGCCUAGUCUUUAUUUUUCUAAGAGCUUUUUCUCUGUUUUACCUGGAUGUAUAGCUUUUUAUAUUUUAGAUUAUUUUACUGCUGAUUACAUCAUAAAGAAUGAGUAAGACUACAUUACAUAAUUUCAAAUACACUUCAAAUGUAUUAUUAAAAUAAAAAUCUUUUAUGAUC